UUUGAAUGAAGGAAAGGCAAGGCGCGUUCGUAGCGGAAAGUUCCUAUUCCAUCCCGCAACUCCUUUCUUUUCUUGACAUUUCAACGAUUCUCUUGUUUGAACCUUUUGGAAAAGAAGGCGUUUGGACUGAGUAGCGAUAAUGAUGAAUGGCGUUGAGGUCAUCAUGGACAAUAGCAGCACCAGCAUCGUUAAACUACCCGAUCCUGCGGUGGUGGCGGCGACGACUUCAAGUCCUCUCUCCGCCAUUGCCGAGGCCUUUGAACACCUCGCCAAACUCCUCAACCGUGGUGACCUUCCCUUGGACGCCUUCUACGAAGCCUGCUCUUUCGUCUCUGUUCUCUUCAAUUGUCUCGGCUUUGCUUUCAAAUUCGCCGAAUUGGAAUACGUCGCCAAGCUAGAAGGACUUAUGGAAGCAUCACCGGCGUGUGGCACUCUGAAGGAUGUAAUUGAAGUUGAUGUCGCUAGCAAAACGGUUAAAUCCCCGGGAAGUUAUUCGCGUAAUUUGCGCAGAGUUCGCCAGGGUGUUGAUCUCGUCAGAGCUAUAUUCGAACAACUUCUGGCAACUGACGAUAGCUGUCUGAAAGAAAUAGCUUCAAGUGCGUACGCUCAGAUUUGUGCACCGUAUCACACAUGGGCAGUAAGAACAGCUGUGCAUGCUGGGAUGUAUACACUUCCAACAAGAGACCAGCUUUUCUUGAGGCUCAAUGAAACAGCAUUCUAUCUUUUAAAGAGAACUGAGUUGUUGUGCAUGAAUGGUACUCCAGAGAAGUCUGCUGAGACGAAGAUGAAAAGGUACAUCAAUGCUGCAACUCCAGUUAUAGAAUACAUUGAUAAACUGUACCUUUCAAGAAAGAUUCCGUUGAACUGGUGAGUUCAUGUGGCUUCAACACAUAGUAGUAUUGUUGUGACACAAUUUUUUCUGAUGUAAUGUAUAAACAUACAUGUAACUAUUUAGUUUCUAAGCGCUUGACAUGUAGCUUUAGGGAGAUACACAAUAGUUUUACUAAAAUUUGUGUUGUAUCUAUUAUGUACAUACAUUAUUCAUUUGAAAGAGGUUCUGCUUAAAAGAGGUCCGCGGAUACAUGCGGGUGCGUGAUUGAGUUUAUUCAUUUGAAAGAGAUUCUACUUAAAAGAGGUUCGCGGAAAACAUAUAAAAA